CCACUCGCCCUGCCAGCCCCGCCCGCCCCGCGCGCCCAGCCCACUCGGCUUGGGAGCGGAUGCUGGGGGUGGCGGCUGCAGCCGUGGCUGCGCAGCAGGAGCGCAGAGAAGCGGAGGACCUGGAGGCAGGAUGCCGGCGCUCCACAGCCCGAGACCGUGUUUCCUGUGAGUCCAGAUAUGCGAUCCAGAUGUGCUGCAAUGGUGACAUAAACUGUUGACUGAGACUAGGAGCGUGCCUGAAACGCCAUCCUUCCUCCUAUUUUUUUUUAAUGGUGCUUCUAUUGGAAUAGUCAACGAAGUGCAUCCAACAUGAGUUUUAUCAUGAAACCUCACAGACACUUUCAAAGAACACUGAUUCUGCUUGCCACCUUUUGUAUGGUGAGCAUCGUUAUUUCUGCUUACUACCUGUACAGCGGCUACAAACAGGAAAGUGAAGUCUCUGGGCGGGCUUCGGUAGUGGACUGUGGUGACCUCCAGCACAUACCAUCCAGGCUGAUGGAAGCGAAGAGGACAAUGAUUUCUGAUGCUUCAAGGACAGACCCCACAGUCCUAGUGUUUGUGGAAAGCCAGUACUCAUCUCUUGGUCAAGACAUCAUUAUGAUGCUAGAAUCCAUCCGGUUCCAUUAUCACACAGAAAUCGCUCCUGGAAAAGGCGAUCUUCCAGCGCUUACAGACAAUGUGAAAGGCAAAUACAUUCUCAUUAUAUAUGAGAAUAUUCUAAAGUAUAUAAACAUGGACUCUUGGAAUAGAAGCCUCUUAGAUAAAUACUGUAUAGAGUAUGGUGUGGGUAUCAUUGGAUUCCACAAAACCAAUGAGAAAACCCUUCAGAGCUUUCAAUCCCAGGGCUUCCCCUUUUCCAUAAGUGGAAACCUGGCAGUAAAAGAUUGCUGUAUUAAUCCUCACUCCCCUCUCCUUCGUGUGACCAAAUCAUCCAAGCUUGACAGAGGUUCUUUACCUGGAGCUGACUGGACAGUUUUUCAGAUUAAUCACUCCACCUACCAGCCAGUAAUAUUUGCCAAAGUUAAGACUCCAGAAAACCUUUCUCCUCCCAUCUCUAAACAUGCAUUUUAUGCCACUAUCAUACAUGACCUGGGGCUUCAUGACGGGAUCCAGCGAGUUCUUUUUGGCAACAACUUGAACUUUUGGCUGCACAAGCUCAUUUUCAUAGAUGCCCUCUCCUUCUUGUCAGGGAAAAGACUGACACUGUCCUUGGACAGGUACAUCCUUGUGGACAUUGACGACAUAUUUGUGGGGAAGGAGGGCACAAGGAUGAACACCAAUGAUGUCAAGGCCCUGCUCGACACUCAGAAUCUUUUGCGCUCACAAAUCACCAACUUUACUUUCAACCUUGGAUUUUCAGGGAAAUUUUAUCACACGGGAACCGAAGAAGAAGAUGCAGGGGAUGACUGUCUGUUGGGGUCUGUGGAUGAGUUCUGGUGGUUUCCUCACAUGUGGAGUCACAUGCAGCCCCAUCUCUUCCAUAAUGAGUCGUCUUUAAUAGAGCAGAUGAUUCUCAACAAAAAGUUCGCCUUAGAGCAUGGCAUCCCUACGGACAUGGGCUACGCAGUGUCCCCUCACCAUUCAGGUGUCUACCCCGUACACGUUCAACUUUAUGAGGCCUGGAAGAAGGUUUGGAAUAUUAAAAUCACCAGCACUGAAGAAUAUCCACAUCUGAAACCAGCUAGGUAUCGGAGAGGCUUCAUCCACAAAAACAUCAUGGUUCUCCCGAGACAAACCUGUGGACUCUUCACCCACACGAUUUUCUACAAGGAGUACCCAGGGGGCCCCAGGGAACUGGACAAGAGUAUUCAUGGAGGGGAGCUCUUCUUCACUGUGGUUCUCAACCCAGUUUCUUCAAGGGAUGGUGAAGCGGUGUGCCGUGACAACAAACACCUAAGGCCAGAAGGGACCGGAAGGAUGAUGUAUUCGGCUUCCUGAUUCUAAGUGGAGUCCCAGUUAGAUGAUCUGAGCUGCUCCAGGUCACUCUGUUAGCAUUCUCAUGAACACGCCACCCUUCCUGACACCUGGGUCAGCCCAUCUACCAGUGUAGCAUUCCGCUUCCACAAUGCUGCUAAAAUGGCCUUCCAUGAUGCCCAGUAGUUCGUCAUACAUAGAAUCACAGGCAAUAUGGCUUCAGUUACCUGGCAGUGAAGAAAUGUUGGAAAUUUCAGGCCGUUACCUGGGAACAGGUGACUAUUUCUUUGUUGAUUUUUUUUUCAGUGCUUUAAAAAAUGUCCGUUAUAAGUGGUGACAGGUAGAAGAUAUGCCACGGGCUUUGCAGGAACUAUAAGCAAACAACUAUAUUGUUCCUUUUUAAAUAAUAAAUCUGGUGGGCAUUACUCAUGAAUUGACAAGAUACUUAUAGUGGUAAAGCAAAAGUUCAUAUUCCACGCAUUCCCUGUCUUGCAAAGAAAUUCUAGUUUUGCUGUCAUUAAUAUUUUCACUCCUGAAUAGCCUAGUAAGAGCACCAGUGGAAGGGGAAGCCCUUGGUCCUGCUAAGACUGAACCCCCAGUGAACGGGAUUGUUGGGGGGAGGGCGGUAAUGGGGGGAGGGUGGGGAGGGGAACACCCAUAAGGAAGGGGAGGGGAAUGGGCUAGGGGGAUGUUGGUCCGGAAACCAGGAAAGAGAAUAACAAUCGAAAUGUAAAUAAGAAAUACUCAAGUUAAUAAAGAAAAAAAAGAAAAAAAAUAUUUUCACUCCUGGCUGUGCCCUUAUACAGUUAAUUGCCACUGUGAAAUUAAGAAAACCAAAGGAGACUCUUGCAGCUUUCGUACUUAAGAAAAGCAGAAACCAUUAGGUAUUAUCAAAAAGUGUAAGAAUGUGUCAGUAAGUAGGUUAAUAGAAAGGGGAUUCGUUGGACAAUCUAUUUCUCAGAUAUGUCUGACUGAAGGAUACAUCCCUGUAUACUUCUACUUAAGCACGCUGAAACGAAGAUAACAUAUUAACCAACAGGAAAUUGUCACAAAGGUGCAAUGAGAUGGAGUUGAAGGUAGUUUAUCCAAAAAGAGUCAUGUCGAAGACUCAGCCAGAUUCAAGUUCCAGUUUAUCUCGGUAGACCCUUCCUGGGGCUGGGCCUCGCUUUGGUUGUUUGUUUGUUUGUUUGUUUGUUUUUGUUUGUUUGGUUGGUUGGGUUUUUUUGGGUUUUUUUUGGGGGGUUUUUUUUUUUUGGUUUUUUUGUUUUUUGUUUUUGUUUUUUUUUUUUUUUUUUUUGCUUAGCCUAAGUGCAUUAGGAACCCUGAAGAGGACAAAAAUGCUCACCCAAAAGUCACUGGAUGGUGGAAUGGGCUACUACAGUACACAAAACCGGUUGCUACUGGAUUUGCUGGUGGCAUUUCUACAUAAGCCAGCAGCUGGUUAAUAGGCAUGAUCUGUAAUACCAAAAGUCCACAGCCGCCUCUCUGGAAACUUCACCUACAAAACAAAUACAAGUGUUCAGUUGGAAUAGCUAUUCCUUAGUUAAUCCUUGAGAGUGUCUCAUAACCUUCGGUACAGACAGAAACAUCUUUCACAUGGUGGAGGGGAAUCACAUUAGGUGUCGUCUCACUUUUCUGACUCAAAAAAAAUAAAAUAAAAACAAACUCCUGUACAUAUCAUUUAACUCUCUGAACCCAAUUUUCUAUUUUUUUUAUUUCAUAAAUUAAUGAUAACUUUGAUUCUGGGUGCUUUUGUGAAAAUCUGAUCUCAUGAUCCACCUUCCUAAAGCAUUCCCUCACUCUCUCGCUUUAUUUACAUUUCCCCCCCGCCCCGUGAUCUUGUGAUAUCAUGGCGUGAGCACAGCCUUCCCAUCAUGCUACCAUGUUACAACUGACUUUCCUUGUCUUCUCAUAGUUGUGAGCUUCUUGAUUUAAAAGAUAAUGCUUUGUUCUGUUUUAUAUUCACAAAAACAUCACAAAACUUUUGGCACAUGGUAGAAUGAUAAUUCACUAUCUUUUCCUGCCAGCAAAUGUACUCUUUUAAGUUAAAAAUCCAUCUUCAAGACAUAAGUACAGAAUUUGAAUGAACUCGAGGAGGUAUGCAUCACUGGAUUUUUUCUUCUCUCCCAACAAAAUAUCUAAGGAGAUCUUUGGGGAAAUCCUUCAUAUUUAUGAAAAGAUGCUAAAUUUUACUCAAAAAAUGAAACUCAAAAUUAAAUUAUUUCAAAAUAUUGUUUCUGUUCUCUAUAAAUUAAAAAAAAAGUGAUGACAAGCAGUUCUGUUAGCAAGACUUAGAAAGCUGACCCACAUGCAUCCCAGUAGCUGGGGAACACGAUGAAAGACACAGACCCAGCAAACACGAUACACAGAACCUUUUGGUGCAGUGAUUUUGCCAUUUUUACAGAGAGAGAAACUAUAGGGUCUACUUUUCACACAUAAUUGGGAUAUAUAAUAAUUAUCAAAGUUAUGUAGUAGAAACAAAUUGAAUAUCAGUCUGUUAGAGACUAGUUAAGUCAUCCUUAUGACAGCUACACAAAUGGUACUCUGUGUUUAAAAAAAAAAUAGAUAUUAUCUUCAACCCUACGCACAUACACACAGACACACAAGAAGAGAAACAGAAAGGAGAGAUAAAGAGUGUUCUCAGUGUACCAUGAUUUCCACAGUGUAUUUUUUUAAUGUACAUACAAAUUCCAUAAAUUCUCCUCAGGUUGGAUGAAAGGAGAUAAAGAAAUCAAUGAAAAGCUACAGCCUUGCCUACAGGAGCUGGAGAGGAGGCGUUGACAAGAGAAGUGUUUCAGGAACACAGCUUUGAUUUUGAAAUAUGUAAUAUUUUACAUGCUGAAAAUAAUAAAUGAGAGAGUGUGACGGGAAAGCAAUGAAUAGGUCACCUGCUCAGAGUGUUACGUUCCCCUCAUAUACAACAGAGAAGUGGUUCAGGUGACUCUGAGUAGUAUUCAGACUGUAGCAUUUAGUAAAAUAAAGGGGUAAGAAGCAGAACAGAAGUUUUCAACUUAUAAAAUAAUGUUGUGUUGCAUCCUUUCACUGAAACUCCUAAAGCUUUUAGGUACCAUCUGGGAAAAUGAAUGACCCUAGCAGCGCUGUGGGGAAUGGUGGCGAAGAAGUGAAAGGAGACUUGGGGUACUUGAAUUUGAUGUGAGGAAAUAAUUAGAAACAAAGACUCCAGACUUUGGUAACCAGACUCACCAGACAGAGGUGACAUCCAGGUAGCCAGAGUCACAUGACAUCAGUGAUAAAGAGUUCUGCAAGUCCCCAUAUUUUAAUACCUAAGUGACGCUUUUCUUCAAAGGCAACAAACUUUUUUGGAAUAAAGGUUUAUUCCAAGUUAGGUACAUGGAAAAUACAAAUUGAGUCUUGAAUAUCUUGUAUCCGUGGUGGUGAUGAUGGUGGUGGUGGUGAUGGUGGUGGUGAUACAGUGAGCCCUCACAAAAUAGCAGAGUUUUUAUUAGAACAAAUCAGCUUUAAGAGGCUUUUGGUGAGCAAAUUUGAUGUACUUUGAACAUCAAGAAGUAAUAUUGCAGACAUACUGAAUAUAUGGCAAAGGGAUGGUUGUGUUAUAUGACAGAUCUUCUACAUCCAAAUUUUAUAUCUAGAUAUAAACUAUAUCUGUUAUAUAGAAGAUACAAAAGGAGGGGCAAGACUGGAAAAUCAUCACCAUGGACAAACAACAACCGAUACAGGCAAGAGCUAUGAGUAAUUGUUAGAAGCACUGGAAGAGAUGUGGUUGUGAAAUAGUGUUCUUAUAGUCUUGGGGCUUCAUUCCAGGGAUUACGUGUUAAUUGCAAAAACAAAAGUGACCCCUUAGACUAAAUGAAGUUGUCAGUUUCUGUUAACACAACAGAAGCAAAGGAGGAAAAAUUCAACAAGGUAACCUGACAAUGCCCACCUUCUAAUGAGAUGCAGUGUAAGGCCAUGGACACAGGAGUUAGAAUAAAUGCUGGACACACACACACACACACACACACCACCACCACCACCACCACCACCACCACCACCACCACCACCACCACCACCACCACCACCACCACCUUCUAUGAAGACAUCAGAUGAACACUUUAUAGAAUAGUCCCUUUUAUGAGAGAUCAAGGAACAAGUGAAGAAAUUGCUGGACAUCUGAUGACGUAAAGACAGCAGAAGACGCCACAAUGUUCACUGAACCUGUCUUACUUAUCUACCAGUGGAAGAAGACAUCCAGAUCUUGUAGAUUGAGAAUUUAGCAUAUAAAUCUGAUUGAUAAAUUACAAGUUUCUAGAACUUUGAUUUUUACCAAGCCACAAGGGAUGGGAGCAAAGUUCCCUGCAGGCAGAGAGACAGCCUGGAGAGGGCAGCUAUAGAAUACCUGGCGCUAGUGUGGUGUGGUGUCAUGCAAGAACGGCCCGCAGAACUCCAUGUGUGUGAGUCAGGUGUGGUAACAACUCAUCAAAGGGACAGUGUGAGGAAGCGGCUGGCAGAGAGACAGCCAGAGCGCACAGUUCGCUCGAGUGGGAACACACAGGUACCAGUAUGGGAACAGGAACACACGGUACCAGUAGCUAUGAUCCAUUUUUUUUAUUUUUACUGCAACACCCAGAUCUGAGCUUCUCCUUGGAGAUGGGAAGAGAAGACUGAAUACACUUUCAACACUCAGAUUUUCGUUGACAUGACUUGAGAAAAGCAAAGUGAGGAGUGAGUCGGAGUAGAAGCAGCUUGUACACAGCAGUCUAGUCUUCUGGGGCUGGCCGAGACAUGUUUUCUACCUUGUCUGUUUUAGAACACUAGCUGGGCAUGACAUAUCUAAAACCUGGGCCACUGAGAACAAAACCAGUGUCCUUGUAGCCUGAAGUAGCUGCAGAAAUCAUAUAGUCUGAUCAGAAGAUUUUAAAGGAAUUAAAGAAUUAGAAACUCUUUUAAAAAAUAAACCAAAGAACUCCUGUAAUUGGAAACUUUUUCUCAAAGUUUAGGAAAAAAUUCAGGCCUGAGGAUGGUAGCACAGUCAGUACCUUGCAUCCAUGCCUUGCAAGCAAAAGAAUUUGAGUUCAGAUCCCCAGUAACUAUAUACAAAUCAAGAUAUAGGAUUAUGUGCUUUUUAACCCUAUAUCUUGUUCAACUUGAGAAACAGAAAUAAGAGUCUCAGUGGAUCUCAGUGACUGUGCUGGCUAGGUUUAUAUCAACUUCACACAAGCUAGAGUCGAGAGGGGCAGAGAGAGAGAGAGAGAGAGAGAGAGAGAGAGAGAGAGAGAGAGAGAGAGGGGAACCUCAAUAGAUAUAAGAUUAGAACUUAUAUGUCUUCGUCAAUUUCAACGCAUGAUUUUUUUGUCCUUCUUACUUGAGAAUUUUCUCUUUUCCCUUAAAGUAAGUGUCUUAUGUCCACCCUUUCCUAUAACAUGACCCCAGGCAUCGUUACCUGGUGCUUUGAGUCAGUUAUUAGGUAAAAUAAAGGGUUUUCAACACAGCUCUUAAAAUACAAGGAAGGUUGUGAUAGAUUACCAGUUACUCAUGUGACAGAUGGUUGGAUAACAUAGAUGGUUGCCCCAAUGAAGACAUACAGACAGGAUGGACCAAGAGAGGCCAUCCUGCUACUUAGAUGACAGCUUAAAGCUUACGGGUUGUUUACUUUGGUAAUUAUCCAGUUAAUAUUUGCAGAGCACUGCUGCUUCAAAUGAUUGAAACCCUGGAAAGGAAUACCAUAACCAAAGUGGAGUACUGUAUCCAAUUGUAAAGAAAAAAGUAAUGAAUAAGUAAAGACUGCCUUGGGGCACAACAUCAAACGAAAUAGUUAAUGGAUACUGCAAAAGAGGAGGAGGAAGUAAAACUUACUAGGAGAAAUAGCAAGCAGAGACCUCCCAAAUCUGAAAAGGAAAUAGAUAUCGAUACACAAGAAGACUAUGAACUCCAAGAACUGAAGACUUUCAUGGCAGCAUACACUUGGAUCAAAACAUCAGAAAUAUAAAAGGGUUCUGAAUGUCAAAGAAGAAAUCCAAUCACCCACAUUAAAGAGAGCCUUCCUAAUGCCACUAGCAUAUUUCUCCAGAGACUUUAAAGGGCACAAGUUGAGCGGGGGUUCAGGCAGGAGGGUCUAUUCAAAGUGCUGAGUGAAGAAAACAAUUCAAAAACCUGUCAAGCAAGAAUGCUGCAUCCAGCAAAGCUGCCCUUCAGAGAUGAAGGAUACUUCAAAGUAUCAGGAAGUAAAAAGUAGUAAAGACAUUUCCAGAUAAACGAAAUAAUCUUUAUUUGCCCACAAAAAGUAUAAAGGGGAUUCUUUGGGUUGAGGCUGGUUGAGAACUCACCAAGAGAACUCACUGAAGAGAGAGCACUGUGGCCCUGGAAUGACAGUGUGCAAACUGUUCAGUCAGGAGGUAGAAGCUAGAUAACAAGUGUGAAAAGUAUAUGUAACUGGCACUGCUUAAAUCACACAACAUAAAACCCGAGUUCUGCGAUAGCAGUGCUGGAAAGGAUGGGCAAUGAGUCUGUUUUACUGAGGUUGAAGGCAAAAUUAUUAUGAGAUGAAAAUGUCAGCUUAUGCUUGCUGAUAAUUAGAUUUUAAUGCCUUGGGUGUCAAGAGAAAUACAUAUGGUACAAAAAUAGAAAAUGAGGAUAAAUCAAAAUACAUCACAAUAAAAAUUAGAAGUCCAAAGGAAGACAGUGGGGAAAGACAAAGGGUCAAAUGCUACAAAGACAGUGUAAUAACAGGGGUAGUGAUUCCUAUUGACAGUAAGUAAUGUUAAAUGCAAAUGAUCAAAUCCUCAAACAACAGACAUAGAGUAACUAAACAGAGACUAGAUGGAGAUAUAGAUAUAUAGAUAUAUAGAUAUAGAUAUAUGUAUACACACACACACACAAGAGCAGUACAGCUGGAUCAUAUGGUAGAUCUAUUUUCAGUUUUUUGGUUGGUUGGUUGGUUUCUUUGCUUUUUGAGGAACCUCUGAAUCUACAAUUUCCAUGCUGGUGGUACCAGUUCACAUUCCCUCCAGCAAGGAAUAACUUUCCCUUUCUAAAUAUUCACUGUCCCUUGUUUUUUGUUUUUGUUUUUUUUUAAUCUUUGAUCUUGGGCAUUCUGCCUCCCAAAUUCUGGGAUUAAAGAUUUAAGUGACCACACUCUAUUAGAUUUUUUUAAAAUUGUUUGAGGUAUGUAACUAUAUGUAUGAAGAUUGUAAAAUGCAAAUUAAAACUACCUUGAGAUGUUAUCCCAGUCUGAAUUCAAGGUCAGCCUGGUGUACAAGUUCAAAAAACAGCUAAAGCAAAUAGGGGGACCUUGUCUAAAAACAACAGCAAAGAAAUAAAAUAAAAUAAAUGUUUUAGGAACUGUCUGGAUCUAUAUUCCAGUUUUUAAUUGGGUAGCUUGUUUUCUUGAUGUUCAGUUUUUUCAGGUCUUUGUACAUUCUGGAAAUUAAUCUCCUGUCAGAGAUAUAACUGGUAAAACUUCUCGAUGUCACUGCAUUGGGAUCAAUCUGUGAUUUUUAUUUUUGAGUACACAAGUGCAUAAUUUUAAUCUUAUUUUUGAGUUAUCACAUUUCAGGAAGUUGAUUAAAAUCAUCUAAAAUGUUUUCUAAGCUUUUUGUGUAUAACAAAUGAACCAUUUUGAAAUGACUUAAAAUGAGAUUGAAAUUUUGGCAGAUUAUGCUUUGAUUAAAAGACUUGAUUGAUCAUUCUAUUGUUACUUGUUUUGUCCGAUUUAUGAAUAUGUAAGGAAGUCUCUGCCAAAUUUUAUUAUUAUUCAAAGUUAAAGCUUUGAGAGUCAUUGUAAAGUCUAACCAUAUAGCUCCCACUCAGACUUUUGUUAAAACAUUAUAUUAUAUUAUAUUAUAUUAUGUUAUAUUAUAUUAUAUUUGCUUACUAAUUAUUUUUCAUAUUGGGUAUUUUUAUUGGAUAUUUUAUUUAUUUACAUUUCAAAUGUUCUCUCCUUCCCCAGUUUCCCCUCUGCAAACCCCCUGUCCCAUCCCCUCUCUCCAGCUUAUGAGGGUGCACCCCGUCUCACCCACUCCUACUGACAUUCCCCCUACACUGGAGCAUUGAGCCUUCACAGAACCAAGCCCCCCCCCACUCCCAUUGUUGCCAGAUAAGGCCAUCCUCUGCUACAUGUGCAGCUGGAGACAUGGGUUAUUCCAGGUGUGCUCUUUGGUUGGUGGUCUAGUCCCUGGGAUCUCUGGGGUGUCUGGUUGGUUGAUAUUGUUGUUCUUCCCAUAGUGUUGCAAACCCUUUCAGCUCCUUCAGUCCUUUCUCUAACUCCUCCAUUGGGGUCCCCGCGCUCAGUCUAAUGGUUGGCUGUGAGCAUCUGCCUCUGUAUUUGUCAGGCUCUGGCAGAGUCUCUCAGGAGACAGCUAUAUCAGGUUCCUAUAUCAGGUUCCUGUCAACAAGCAGUUCUUGGCAUCUGCAAUAGUAUCUAGGGUUGGUGUCUGUAUAUGGGAUGGAUCCCCAAAGUGAGGCAGUCUCUGGAUGGCCUUUCCUUCAGUCUCUGCUCUACACUUUGUCCCCGUAUUUUCUCCCAUGAAUAUUUUGUUCCCCCUUUUAAGAAGGACCGAAGCAUCCUCACUUUGGUCAUCCUUCUUCUUGAGCUUCAUAUGAUUUGUGAAUGCAUACCAUGUGUAUUCAUUUGUGACUGAGUUACCUCACUCAGGAUGAUAUUUUCUAGUUCCACCUAUUUGUCUAAGAAUUUCAUGAAGUCAUCAUUUUUAAUUGCUGGGUACAAGGAUGUGGAAGAAAAGAAACACUCCUCCAUUGUUGGUGGGAUUGCAAGCUGGUACAACCACUCUGGAAAUCAGUCUGGUGGUUCCUCAGAAAAUUGAACAUAGUACUACCUGAGGACCCAGCUAUACCACUCCUAGGCAAAUACUCAAAAGACACUCCAACAUAUAACAAGGACACAUGCUCCACUAUGUUCAUAGCAGCCUUAUUUAUAAUAGUCAAAAACUGGAAAGAACCCAGAUGUCCUUCACAAAGGAAUAGAUACAGAAAACGUGGUACAUUUACACAAUGGAGUACUAUUCAGCUAUCAAAAACAAUCUGUAAUUUUUAUACCUGACAAUAUUUGUUUAACAAAGUUGGGUAUCCUUGAAUUUGAUACAGCAAUGUUUACAAUUAUAAUGUUCUCUCUGUGGAAUUUUUUCUUUGAUGAGUAUGAAACGUUCUUCCCUAUCUCUUCUGAUUAGUUUUGUUUGGAAAGUGUUUUAAGGGCUAUAGAGAUGGCUCAGGGGUUAAGAGCAUUGACUGCUCUUCCAAGAAACCCAGGUUCAAUUAACCAUAUGGUACCUCACAACUGUCUAACUCCUGUUUCAGUAUAUCCAACUCUCUCACACAUGCAGGCAAAACAUAAAUGUACAUAAAAUGAAAAUUGGUGAACUAUUUUUAGAACUAUUUUAUCAGAUAUUAGAGUAUCUAUACCUUCUCUUUGUCUCAUUUAUUUGAAGCAUCUUCUUCUAUCCCACAGCAGUGCCUGUCCUUGGUGGUAAGCUGUGAUUUGAGGGGGCAAAGAGGUCUAUUAUGUUUUCUAAUCCAGUCUGUUAGUCUCUGCCUUUUUGCUGGGGCACUGAAACUGUUAGACUUGAGAGUUAUUAUUUAAUAAUGUUUAUUCCUGUUAUUUUGCUGGAGUCAUGUUUCUUUCUUGGUGGUUAGCUAUUCUUGAAUUAUGUAUUCCUUUUGGUAUGUUUUCAUAUUCUUUUCAGGCAACGUAUUUCUUCUAAUAUUCUUCUGCAGAGUAAGGUUUAUGGAAAUAAACUCCUUAAAUCUGUUUUUACCGUGGAAAGGUUUUCUUUCUCCUGCAAUUGCAGAUGAUGGCUUGGUUUGGUUUGGAAGUUUGUGCUGGCAGCUGUGGUCACUUAGGACUUGUAGAACAAUGUCCAGGCCCUUCUGCCUUUCAAAUCCCCAUUCAAAAGUCAGGUAUUAAGUCCAACAAGCCUACCUAUACGUCUUUCCCUCUUGCUGCUCUCAGUAGCCCUUCCUUUGCCCUGUGCAUUUUAUGUUAAUUAUUAUGUGUUGUGCAGAAUUUCUUUUCUGGUCCUGGUUACUUUGUGUUCUGAAUAUGUCUUAUAUUUUACUAGGCAUUUCUUUCUUUAGAUUUGGGAAAUGUGUUCUAUGUUUUCUUGAAAAUAUUUUCUAUGCCCUUUGACCUAGGUUUCUUCUCCUUACAUUCUUACUAUUUGAAAGUGUGGUUUUUUUUUUUUUUUAGUGUUUCAUAUUUUUUGUAUGUUCUCCUCUUGAGAGUUUUUAUAUUGAAUAUUUUCUUUGACUGAGUGACUCACUUCCUCUACCUUGUUUUUGAGGUCCGACAUUCUCUCUUCUAUAUGACAUCGCUGAUGUCCUGAGUUUUGCGAGCUUUAUUUUAUUUUGGCUUUUCUUCAGCGAUCCUAUCUCUUUAUUCCUUUUUCUUCUUGAAUUGUUUCAUUGUUUCAUUCUACUAUCUGUGUUUUUUGCGUUCCUCAAUAAGGCAUUUGUACAUAGCCUCCUUGAGAUCAAUGAACAAACUUAUGAUCACUAUUUUGAAGUCAUUUUCCUAUCAUUUACUAAGCAUGCUGAUUUGAGGAAGAGUACAUAAGUCUUUAUUAUUCAUGAUGUUUGUGUUUUGUGAUUGGACCUAGAUAUAUGGACUUGCAUCCUCAGUGGUAGUUCUUGGUGGAUUUGUUAUCUUCCCAUGUUUGGUCUUAUCCCAACCUGUCAGAAUGUGGAUCACUUGAAUGGUGGUUGGUGCAAAAUAUAUUUUAGCAGUAUAUUUUAGCUUGCAAAUGGGUUGUCUAAAGUGGUCUCAUCUCAGUGGCAGUUCUGAUCAGACUCCACAGGUGCGGGUGGGUGCCAGACAGGAUGGUGAACGGGAGAAACUGUCAGGCAGGUGACAAGGGAAGUGGUUCCAACAACCAGAGGAUUUGUUGUAGCUGGAUUUUUAAAGAAGAAAUAACUAAAAAUACCUUUACUCUUGAUAGUAUUUUUUAGUGUUAAUCUAAUCAUGAAGAAACAAAUUAAAUAAAUCUUAACUCUGAUAUAUACAGACAAAGCAAGUAUUGUCAUCUUGUGACAAAUAUGUUCUGUAAUAUUUUAAAAGCAUAUUAUAGGGGGCUAAAGCAAUGGGUCAGUCACUUGGAGAGCUUACUUUUCCUUCAGAGUCCCCAUGUUGUUCCCAGCAACCGCAUUAGGCAGUUCAUAACCGCCUGAACUCCAACUCCAGAUCUGCCAGUCUCUUCUGGCCUGCAUGGGCAGCAGUACACACACAUAAAAUUUUGAAAAUAAGUCUUUUAAUGGAUACUUAGAGUUAAAAAGAAACUAUAAGAUAAUGUGACCUAAUAUAAUUGUCAAUCCAAGGCAUCCUUGAACACAGAUUUUUUUAAAAAAAAACUACAUUUGGUCAUUUAUCCCUCAAUUGGUGGCUUUUAAACAGGAAACAUUAUAGUAUGAGCACCUUUGUUCUCUAUAGAACUGGGAUGAGGAAGGUGUGCCCUGGACUAAGGAAGGUGUGCACUGGGCUAAGGAAGGUGUGCACUGGGCUAAGGAAGGUGUGCCCUGGACUAAGGAAGGUGUGCACUGGGCUAAGGAAGGUGUGCACUGGGCUAAGGAAGGUGGGCACUGGGCUAAGGAAGGUGUGCCCUGGACUAAGGAAGGUGUGCACUGGGCUAAGGAAAGUGUGCACUGGGCUAAGAAAGGUGUGCAUUAGGCUAAGGAAGGUGUGCACUGGCUAAGGAAGGUGUGCACUGGGCUAAGGAAGGUGUGCACUGGGCUAAGGAAGGUGUGCACUGGGCUAAGGAAGGUGUGCACUGGGCUAAGGAAGGUGUGCACUGGGCUAAGAAAGGUGUGCAUUAGGCUAAGGAAGGUGUGCACUGGCUAAGGAAGGUGUGCACUGGGCUAAGGAAGGUGUGCACUGGACUAAGAAAGGUGUGCAUUGGGCUAAGGAAGGUGUGCACUGGGCUAAGGAAGGUGUGCCCUGGGCUAAGGAAGGUGUGCAUUGGGCUAAGGAAGGUGUGCACUGGCUAAGGAAGGUGUGCACUGGGCUAAGGAAGGUGUGCACUGGCUAAGGAAGGUGUGCACUGGGCUAAGGUGUACACUGGCUAAGGAAGGUGUGUGCUGGCUAAGGCACUUGUUUUUUCUUGACAAACUUCCCCUGGUUUCAGUCACAGUGACAAGCACUGAAAGCCAGGUGGCUGUCACAGCUGGACGCUGUUGUGAUAUUUCAGUCUUGGUUCUCCGUAGAACUGUGGGUAUCUCUAGAGGUCAUGUGACAGCGCUCUGCAGAGGCACUAAUCCAGUCACACAGAGGAUUGGAUGAUUGGGUUUGGGCCUCAUGCUUUUCAAGAUUAGUUUAUUAGACCGUAUCUCUCUAAGUCCGUGAGUGACCCUCGUGUUUCCUUUGUCAGCUUUUGUUUCCCACAGCUGUUGUGUUCUUUCAUGUCCAAAUACUUUUCUGAAGUGUAUCCCUUACAAUAAGACAUGUGUGUGAAUUCUGCUAAGAAAUGAAGCCCACAAGUGUGGACCACGGUUGUUCUGCUACCACAAUAACCGUUACUUGAGGUCAUAGGCCAGUUCUGUGGCUCAUGAACAGUGAAGACCUGUGACAGCAGGGGAAAGGUGACAUACUCAGCUGCAGUUUCCUCUGUGCCACUGCACUCUUGUCCGACGAGAAGCUAGACGCUCACUCAUGUUAGAAAUCAACGUUUCAAAAGUAUUACCAGGACAUCCUAACACUUGCUGCAUCGGUGGUGGGGACACACUCCAGGUAAGACGCUCUAGCCUCAGACAAAGGGUCCAGGUGUCCAUGUGAAGCAAAAAGACAAGUAUGAAGAAGCCUGACUAAACAGCCUACCAGCAUGACCUUGGUGUUUCUGCUUCUCUCUUAGUACCCUGCCAUGCUGGGGUUUCACUAUAAAAUGUCCAGCACAAGGCAAGAGUACAAAGAGUACCAAAAAAAAAACAAAACACAUUAAUUGUGAUCAAAGAAAAAUAGAAACAAGGUCAAUAGCUAACCUGAAAGAAAAGCCUUUAAAUUUAAAUUUAAAAUCAUGAUUAUGGCCGCUCUUGGUAAUAACAUGCUAUAAAAUAUCUCAACUGUCAAAUUAGGAACUAAUGGAAACACACAGAUAUUUUUAGAUGAAAUAACUGCAGCCCUUUCUGAGAAUUUAAAAGAGCCUUUUCCUCAAACCUCAAAACACCAACAUUGUCUCAGAGUUUGUGGGGAAAAGAGGUAAACACUAGAAAUGAUGGCUUAACUGUCCAUAACCCACUUCCUCCCUCAAAAAGCUGAGUGGACUGCAGCCCUGAACGAAAAGGUCAUCAAAGACCAGACCUUGAAAGGGGAAUCAUGUAGCCAAACUGCUGAUUCAGCCAACAUGGACUCCGUGCUGCCACACAAGUCUUCACCAAAGUUGGUGAUAGAUAGAUAGAUAGAUAGAUAGAUAGAUAGAUAGAUAGAUAGAUAGAUAGAUAGACAGACAGACAGAUAGAUGAUAGAUAGACAGAUGAUAGAUAGAUAGAUAGAUAGAUAGAUAGAUAGAUAGAUAGAUAGAUGGAUGGGCUUUAAUCUGGGUGGAUAUUUUACAAAUAUGAAGUUUAGAGCUUGCGUUUAAAAAGAUUUCAUAUACUUCAUGAUAGGGAAACAAAUAGGAAAAAAAUUUUCAUUCUCCUGUCAUUGAGCCCUGAUGACAGAACGACCAUGGUCCACACUUGGGACCUUCAGUCUUUUUAAAACAGAAUUCACGCACAUGUCCUAGUCUGGCCACUCAUUGUAAGGGAUACAUUUCAGAAAAGAAUUUAGACAUGAGUGAGAGAAUGCAACAGCAGUGGGGAAUUGAAAGCUGACCCAAGGGACUGAGAAAACACGGUUAUGGCAGUUUGGAAUUCCACCCCAAGAUCACAGCCUCAAUGUGGUGGUUUGAAGAGAAAUGUGCCACAGACUCAUGUGUUUGAAUGCUUGGCCCAUGGGAAAAGGCGACAUUACGAGGUGUGCCCUUGUUCCUAUUGGGGGAGGGGUGUCACUAUGGAAAUGGGUUUGGAGGUCUCCUAUGCUCAAGCUUUGCCCGAUGUGGAAUCUGGACUCCUCCUUGCUGCCUGUGGAUCAAGAUGCAAAACUCCUCUGCUGCAGGCUGCCAUGUAUCCCACCAUCAUGAUAAUGGACUAAACCUCUGAACCUGUAAGCCAGCCUCAAUUAAAUGCUGUCCUUUAUAACAGUUCCUUGGACACGGUAUCUCAUCACAGCAAUAAACCCCAAACUAAGACAGCGGGGCAAUGCUAGGUAGGUAGUGUCCUGUACUCCACCAUGAGAGAAAAGUAACUGUACUGGCUGGUUUUAGGUAUCAAUUUGACACAAGCUGCAGUUAUCACAGAGAAAGGAGCCUCCCUUGAGGAAAGGCCUCCAUGAGAUCCAGCUAUAAGGCAUUUUCACAAUUAGUGAUCAAUGGGGGAGGACCCACCCUACUGUGGGUGGUACCAUCCCUGGGCAGGUGGUCUUGGGUUCUAUAAGAAAACAAGCUGAGCAAGCCAGUAAGUAACAUCCCUCCAUGGCCUCGCAUCAGCUCCUGCCUCCAAGCUCUUGCCCUGUGUGAGUUCCUGUCCUGACUUCCUUUGGUGAUGAACAGCAAUGUGGAAAUAUAAACUGAGUAAACCAUUUUCUCCCCUGACUUGCUUCUUGGUCAUGAUGUUUUGUGCAGGAACACGGACCCCGAGUAAGACAGUAACUCACAAUUAUUUUAAGUAAAGGGCACCUCCCUAGCUGCCUCCUUCUGGUUCUCGGUGGAUGUGAUGUUUCUUUUAGUUUUAGAAAACGUAAAAAUCCAGCACAAGAUUUACAAAUCGAUGCCUCUGAGAAAAGCCAAUCCCAGAUGUGCCGUGCAGCUUACCAGACUACCUAAAAGCUGGAUAAAGGACUUCAUAGCAACUCCAUUACCAGGAUGCUGUGGGAUGUUUUGCUAGUACAACUCAAACAAUGGAAUUAGACCACCCGCUGGAAGCCUUCCGUGCCACUGUGUUUUAAAUCGAAGGCUGCUCAUUGUGUAAACGUGAUCUCUGUGGUUUAACUUUAGGCUGUUUUCCGGGGCCCUCCCAUGUACCAAGAAUGAGUCAGAAGCAUAGCUCCAUUUCCUGUGGAGGCUGGAAACUGUUAACAGCAGAGUUUGGAGACAGUCUGAAUGAGUGCUUUGCCAUAUGUUAAACCAAACUUGAUAAGAAAAAUCAUAUCGGUUUCCAGUUUCCCAGAAUGUUCAAACGGGAAAAAAAAGAAGCAGCUCGGCUUUAGAAAUAUAAAAAGCAUCUGUCGGCUCGGGAAAUUCUGCUCUGUCAUUUCGCAAAUGAUCGCUCCUUAUAUGUACGAGAGAAGUCAGAUCUGAUAAACUCUGUAGGAAAUAGUGUGCAGUUUUGUUUAACCUUUGAAGUAGCUGUCCAUACUUCCACAUGGCCGGCUGGCUGCUGACUGCUAUGCUACCAUGGCACAGAGAUCUCAGCAGCGCUGCCCAGUGUGGUCCUGAAGCAUUGAUGUUUCCUUCACUGAGACAUGUUUGUGGUUAAAUGUUCCCAUCACCAUCCCCAACUCAGAAAGGCUCACAAGCAUUCACGAAAUGUGUGACAGUUUCACCCAAAUGCUUUAUUUCUCACUGAAUUUCCCCAGAGUCAGUGACUCAGAUACAAAUGCCCUUCACUUAAUUGGCAGUACCAGUUUGUGAAGAAGGUCGUCUGAUUGAUUGAUUGAUUGAUUGAUUGAUUGAUUGAUUGAUGUGAUCUUGCUAUGUAGCCCUGACUAGUUUGGAACUCUAUGUAGACCAACCCAGCCUUGAACCCAGGGAGAACCAGUGCCUCAGCCUCCUGAGAUGCUGGGAUUCAAGUCAUGCAUUAUCACAUCUGGCUCUUAAUAUCACUCUUAUUUUAAUUUAUUCACUUUAAAUCCCACUCAUUCUCCUGACUCCUGGUCACCCCUCCCACAAUCCUUCCCUCGUCUGCACCCCUUCUCCUCUGAGAAGGCAGGGGCCCUUCUGGUUAUCUUUCCACCCUGGUACAUCAAGUUUCAGUGAGGCUAGUUUCAUCCUCUCCCACUAAGGCCAGACAAGACAGCCCAACUAGAACAUAUCCUACAGAUGGGCAACACCUUUGGGAUAGCCCCCCAACCUAGUUCUUUGAGAGCCACAAGAAGACCAAGCUGCACAUCUGCUACAUAUGUGCAGGGAGGCCUAUGUUCAGUCCAUGCAUGUUCUUUGGUUGGUGGUUCAGACUCUGAGAGCCCCAAGGCUCCAGGUUAUUUAACUGUUGGUCUUCCUGUGGAGUUUUUAUCCCCUUAGGGCCUUGCAGUCCUUCCUCCUAUUCUUCUAUAAGAGUCCUCAAGCUCCAUCCACAGUUUGGCUGAGGAUGUCUGCAUCUGUCUGGGUCAGGUGCUGGGUGGAGCACAGCCUUGCUACACUCCAGUCUGCAAGCAUAACAGAAUACCAUUAAUAGUGUCAGGGACUGGUGCUUGCCCAUGGGAUGAGUCUCAAGUUGGGCUGGUUAUUGAAUGGCUAUUCCCUCAGUCUCUGCUCCAUUCCCUGUCCCUGUAUUUCUAGUAAACAGGAUAGAUUCAGAGUCAAAAGUUUUGUGGGUGGGUUGGUGCUCCUUAUAGAUCCACUGGGGUUCCUGCCUGUCUACAGGAAGUGACCCCUUCAGGUUCCAUAUCUCCGAUGCUGUGAGUCACAGCUAAGGUUACUCCCAUUGAUUCUUGGGCUACACCCUUAUUUCAGGCCCCUGUCUCAUUCUGGAGAUGCCUCUCGCCUCCUCACCCCUGUCAGUUGCAGAUUUCCAUUCAUUUCAUAGUCAUCUUGCCAUCCCUCCCCACAUCUGAUCCUGAGCCCCCCUCAGUCCCAUCCCUAUCCUCUCUCCCACCCAUCUCCCUUCCUCCAUCUGUCUCUUAUGAGCAUCUUAUUCCCCCUUCUAAGUGGGAUUCAAGCAUCUUCAAAUGUGCCUUCCUUCUUGUUUAGCAUCUUUGGGUCUGUAGUGUGGUGAGUAUUCUGUAAUUUAUGACCAAUAUCCAUUUAUAAGUGAAUACAUACCAUGCAUGUCCUUUGGGGGCUGGAUUACCUCACUCAGGAUGAUGUUCUCAAGUUCCAUCCAUUGGCCAGUAAAAUUCAUAUCUUUGUUUUUAAUAGCUGAGUGGUAUUCCAUUGUGUAGGUGUAGCAAAUUUUCUUUAUUCAUUCUCCAGUUGAGGUACAUCUAGGUUGUUUCCAGUUUCUGGUUAUUAAAAAUAAAGCUGCUAUGAAUAUAGUUGAGCAAAUGUCUUUGUGGGAUGUUGGAGCAUCUUUUGGGCAUAUGCCCAGGAGUGGUAUAGCUGGGUCUUGAGGUAGAACUACUCCCAGUUUUCUGAGAAACUGCUGAAUUGAUUUCCAAAGUGGUUGUACAAAUCUGCACUCCCACCAGUCAUGGAGGAGUGUUCCCUUGCUCCACAUCCUCACCAGCAUGUGCUAUCUCUUGAGUUUUUGUUCUUAGACAUUCUGAUGGGCGUAAGGUGGACUCUCAGAGUUGUUUUGAUUUCUAUUUCCCUGAUGACUAAAGACUUUAAACGUUUAAGUGCUUCUCAUCCAUUUGAGAUUCCUUUUAAGAAUAUCUCCAAGACAGUCUCUCAGCCCAUUUCCCCAGUGUGAUUCCCCAUUUCGCAGUGCCUUUUACUCUGAGCACUGUCUUGUGGCUUCCAUCAGAUGAGCAAAUGUACACGCAGAACACAGUCGACCACCGCCGUCUGCGAGGACUUCACACCAUCUGCUCACAGCCCGCUUCAGAGGCAGUAGCUCUUGCUCUCUUGACUACAAGCUCUCAUCGAUAUGAUGUUUGUCCUUCAUUUCCUUGGUUGUUUUCUAGCACCACAGACAUCCCUAAGACUUUUUCUCACAGACUCUUGGCCCAUUUCUUGUCGUAACUGUUUGCGUGAUGUUUCCAACUAAAAUCCUUUAACUGCAAAAGCAUUCUGGUUUGGCUCCCUUUCUUCGACUUCUCAGCCGUUUGUCUUAUUUAGUAAACUGAGAUUCUUCUUCUUCUUCUUCUUCUUCUUCUUCUUCUUCUUCUUCUUCUUCUUCUUCUUCUUCUUCUUCUUCUUGUUCUUCUUCCUCUUCCUCUUCCUCUUCCUCUUCCUCUUCCUCUUCCUCUUCCUCUUCCUCUUCCUCUUCCUCUUCCUCUUCUUCUUCUUCUUCUUCUUCUUCUUCUUCUUCUUCUCCUCCUCCUCCUCCUCCUCCUCCUCCUCCUCCUCCUCCUCCCCCUCCUCCUCCUCCUCUUCCUCCUCCUCCUCCUCCUACUUCUAAUUUACUCAUGUCCAUUUCUCCAGUCAUAUCGAUAUCACAUCCUCACUACUCCCGUUCAUAAGUCACCAAGGGUCUCUUCAUGUACAACUGUCUGUGUUUCAAAGGGUACUCUGCCCUAAUGUUUCUUUUACUAGAAAACUUCUUUACAAGGACACACCUACUCCUCCAUCUAAUCCAAGAAGCAUUAAAAUGACUCUUCCAGAGUUUGAAAAAAAAUUCACUGUUUUUCCUCUUCCCUCCCAGACUGGAGACAGAAGCUAUUGCCCUACUUAACAGAACGAACCCUAAAUCUGUACCCAUCCGUAUGUCAUUGGUAGCACUCAGUGUGUGCCCUGUCUCUUCUCUUUGCUGAGGCUACGCAUAAUCAGAGUAUUCUCUCAGCUUCGCAUAUGUAGGAAAAGGACUUGACACAUAUUAUAACAAGCAAUUCUAUUAUGAACAUGAGACCUCUGGAGAACAGAAAGGCUUGCUAUAAAUGAACAUUUUUUUAUCUUUAUUAACUUGAGUAUUUCUUAUUUACAUUUCGAUUGUUAUUCCCUUUCCCAGUGUCCAGGCCAACAUCCCCCUAACCCCUCCCCCUCCCCUUCUAUAUGGGUGUUCCCCUCCCCAUCCUCCCCCCAUUACUGCCCUCCCCCCAACCAUCAUGUUCACUGGGGGUUCAGUCUUAGCAGGACCCAGGGCUUCCCCUUCCACUGGUGCUCUUACUAGGCUAUUCAUGGCUACCUAUGAGCUUGGAGCCCAGGGUCAGUCCAUGUAUAGUCUUUGGGUAGUGGCUUAGUCCCUGGAAGCUCUAGUUGGUUGGUAUUGUUGUUCAUAUGGGGUCUCAAGCCCCUUCAAGCUUUUUCAGUCCUUUCUCUGAUUCCUUCAACAGGGGUCCCAUUCUCAGUUCAGUGGUUUGCUGCUGGCAUUUGCCUCUGUAUUUGCUGUAUUCUGGGUGUGUCUCUCAGGAGAGAUCUAUAUCCGGAUCCUGUCAGCCGGCACUUCUUUGUUUCAUCCAUCUUAUCUACUUUGGUGGCUGUAUAUGCAUGGGCCACAUGUGGGGCAGGCUCUGAAUGGGUGUUCCUUCUGCCUCUGUUCUAAAUUUUGCCUCCCUAUUCCCUCCCAAGGGUAUUCUUGUUCCCCUUUUAGAGAAGGAGUGAAGCAUUCACAUUUUGGUCAACCUUCUUGAAUUUCAUGUGUUCUGUGCAUCUAGGGUAAUUCAAGCAUUUGGGCUAAUAGCCACUUAUCAAUGAGUGCAUACCAUGUGUAUUUUUCUGUGAUUGGGUUACCUCACUCAGAAUGAUAUUUUCCAGUUCCAUCCAUUUGCCUAUGAAUUUCAUAAAGUCAUUGUUUUUGAUAGCUGAGUAAUAUUCCAUUGUGUAGAUGUAACAUAUUUUCUGUAUCCAUUCCUCCGUUGAAGGGCAUCUGGGUUCUUUCCAACUUCUGGCUAUUAUAAAUAAGGCUGCUAUGAACAUAGUGGAGCAUGUGUCUUUCUUGUAUGUUGGAGAAUCUUUUGGGUAUAUGCCCAAGAGAGGUAUACCUGGGUCCUCAGGUAGUUCAGUGUCCAAUUUUCUGAGGAACCUCCAGACUGAUUUGCAGAAUGGUUGUGCCAGUAUGCAAUCCCACCAACAAUGGAGGAGUGUUCCUCUUUCUCCACAUCCUCACCAGCGUUUGCUGUCACCUUAGUUUUUGAUCUUAGCCAUUCUCACUGGUGUGAGGUGAAAUCUCAGGGUUGUUUUGAUUUGCAUUUCCCUUAUGACUAAAGAUGUUGAACAUUUCUUUAGGUGUUUCUCAGCCAUUCUGCAUUCCUCAGCUGUGAAUUCUUUGUUUAGCUCUGAAACCCAUUUUUAAUAGGGUUAUUUGUCUCCCUGCGGUCUAACUUCUUGAGUUCUUUGUAUAUUUUGAAUAUAAGCCCUCUAUCAGUUGUCGGAUUGGUAAAGAUCUUUUCCCAAUCUCUUGGUUGGCAUUUUGUCCUAACAACAGUGUCCUUUGCCUUACAGAAGCUUUGCAGUUUUAUGAGAUCCCAUUUGUCGAUUCUUGAUCUUAGAGCAUAAGCCAUUGGUGUUUUGUUAAGGAAAUUUUCUCCAGUGCCCAUGUGUUCCAGAUGCUUCCCCACUUUUUCUUCUAUUAGUUUGAGUGUAUCUGGUUUGAUGUGGAGAUCCUUGAUCCACUUGGACUUAAGCUUUGUACAGGGUGAUAAGCAUGGAUUGAUCUGCAUUCUUCUACAUGCUGACCUCCAGUUGAACCAGCACCAUUUGCUGAAAAUGCUAUCUUUUUUCCAUUGGAUGGUUUUGGCUCCUUUGUCAAAAAUCAAGUGCCCAUAGGUGUGUGGGCUCAUUUCUGGGUCUUCAAUUCUAUUCCACUGGUCUAUCUGUCUGUCUCUGUACCAAUACCAUGCAGUUUUUAUCACUAUUGCUCUGUAAUACUGCUUGAGUUCAGGGAUAGUGUUUCCCCCAAAAGUCCUUUUAUUGUUGAGGAUAGUUUUAGCUACCCUGGGAUUUUUGUUAUUCCAGAUGAAUUUGCAAAUUGUUCUGUCUAACUCUUUGAAGAUUGGUAUUUUGAUGGGGAUUGCAUUGAAUCUGUAGAUCACUUUUGGUAAGAUGGCCAUUUUUACUAUAUGAACAAUCCAUGAGCAUGGGAGAUCUUUCCAUCUUCUGAGGUCUUCUUCAAUUUCUUUCUUCAGAGUCUUGAAAUUCUUAUUGUACAGAUCUUUUGCUUGCUUGGUUAAAGUCACACCGAGGUGUUUUAUAUUAUUUGGGACUAUUAUAAAGGGUGUCAUUCUCUAAUUUCUUUCUCGGCUAGUUUCUCUUUUGUGUAGAGGAAGGCUAUUGAUUUAUUUGAAUUAAUUUUAUACCCAGCCACUUUGCUUAAGUUGUUUAUCAGCUUUAGUAGUUCUCUGGUGGAACUUUUGGGAUCACUUAAAUAUACUAUCAUAUCAUCUGCAAAUAGUGAUAUUUUGACUUCUUCUUUUCCAAUCUGUAUCCCCUUGAUCUCUUUUUGUUGUCUGAUUGCUCUGGCUAGAACUUCAAGAACUAUAUUGAAUAAGUAGGGAGAGAGUGGGCAGCCUCAUCUACUCCCUGAUUUUAGUGGGAUUGCUUCAAGUUUCUCUCCAUUAAGUUUAAUGUUAGCUACUGAUUUGCUGUGUAUGGCUUUUACUAUGUUUUGGUAUGGGCCUUGAAUUACUAUUCUUUCCAGGACUUUUAUCAUGAAGGGGUGUUGAAUUUUGUCAAAUGCUUUCUCAGCAUCUAAUGAAAUGAUCAUGUGGUUUUGUUCUUUCAAUUUGUUUAGAUAAUGGAUUACGUUGAUGGUUUUCCGUAUAUUAAACAAUCCCUGCAUGCCUGGGAUGAAGCCUACUUGAUCAUGGUGGAUGAUUUUUUUGAUGUGCUCUUGGAUUUGGUUUGCCAGAAUUUUAUUGAGUAUUUUUGCGUCGAUAUUCAUAAGGGAAAUUGGUCUGAAGUUCUCUUUCUUUGUUGGGUCUUUGUGUGGUUUAGGUAUAAGAGUAAUUGUGGCUUCGUAGAAGGAAUUCGGUAGUGCUCCAUCUGUUUCAAUUUUGUGGAAUAGUUUGGAUAGUAUUGGCAUGAGAUCUUCUAUGAAGGUCUGAUAGAAUUCUGCACUAAACCCAUCUGGACCUGGGCUUUUUUUGGUUGGGAGACCUUUAAUGACUGCUUCUAUUUCGUUAGGAGUUUUGGGGUUGUUUAAAUGGUUUAUCUGUUCCUGAUUUAACUUCGGUACCUGGUAUCUGUCUAGGAAAUUGUCCAUUUCCUGCAGAUUUUUAAGUUUUGUUGAAUAUAGGCUUUUGUAGUAGAAUCUGAUGAUUUUUUUGAAUUUCCUCUGAUUCUGUAGUUAUGUCUCUCUUUUCUUUUCUGAUUUUGUUAAUUUAGACAGACUCUCUGUGUCCUCUCGUUAGUCUGGCUAAAGGUUUAUCUAUCUUGUUGACUUUCUCUAAGAACCAACUUUUAGUUCUGUUGAUUCUUUCUAUGGUCCUUUUUGUUUCUACUUGGUUGAUUUCAGCUCUGAGUUUGAUUAUUUCCUGCCUUCUACUCCUCCUGGGUGUAUUUGCUUCUUUUUGUUCUAGAGCUUUUAGGUGUGCUGUCAAGCUGCUGAUAUAUGCUCUCUCCUAUUUCUUUCUGCAGGCACUCAGAGCUAUGAGUUUUCCUCUUAGCACAGUUUUCAUUGUUUCCCAUAAGUAUGUUGUACCUUCAUUUUCAUUAAAUUCUAAGAAGUCUUUAAUUUCUUUCUUUAUUUCUUCCUUGACCAGGUUAUCAUUGAGUAGAGCAUUGUUCAACUUCCAUGUAUAUGUGGAAGCCCAUAUAUACACCGACUUUAGCCCGUGGUGGUCUGAUAGGACGCAUGGGAUUACUUCUGUCUUUCUGUAUAUGUUGAGGCCUGUUUUUUGACCAAUUGUAUAGUCAGUUUUGGAGAAAGUACCAUGAGGUGGUGAGAAGAAGGUAUAUCCUUUUGUUUUAGGAUAGAAUGUUCUAUAAAUAUCUGUUAAGUCCACUCGGUUCUUGAUUUCUCUUAGUCUGUCUAUGUCUCUGUUUAAUUUCUGUUUCCAUGAUCUGUCCAUUGAUGAGAGUGGUGUGUUGAAAUCUCCUACUAUUAUUGUGAGAGGUGCAAUGUGUGCUUUGAGCUUUAGUAAGGUUUCUUUUAUGUAUGUAGGUGCCCUUGCAUUUGGAGCAUAGAUAUUUAGGAUUGAGAGUAUAAAUGAGCAUUUUUCAGCACUGGACAGCCUCCCCUCCAUGAGAAGGGAAACAGAAAAUAAAAUUGUGCUUUUUUAUGUUCUAUUAGCUCUAGGAAAAUGUCAUCGAGAAUGUUCAAACUAGGCCAGGCAUGGUGGUAUAUUCCUUCAUUCCUAGUACUCAAAAAGCAGAGGCAGGAGGAUCUCUGUGAGUUUAAGGUUAGCCUUUUGGGACUGGGUUUCCUCCCAUAGUGAGUUGCAGGACUUCAAACAUCAAGGACUUUGUACAGAGUCCUGGCCUCAGAAAAAAAUAAAUGGAAAGAAGAGAAAAGAAGAGGAGAGGAGGCGGGAGGGGAAGGGAGGGGAGGUGAGGAGAAGGGAGAAAGGAAGGAAUGAAAGGAAGGAAGGAGGAAGGAAGGAAGGAAGGAAGGAAGGAAAGAAAGAAAGAAAGAAAGAAAGAAAGAAAGAAAGAAAAUUUCAAACUUCUUUUGACUACUAAUUUUGGGGAAAUAAAUUUUCUAUUUAGUAUAUCCUGAACAUGGUUUUUCUUUCUUCAUUUCCUCCCUGAUUCUCCACACUCAUACAACUACAUACUUUCUUUAUCUCUCUUUUUAGAAUAAAGGAAGGAUCAGAAAAGAAAAAGACGAAAAUAAGCGUGAGAAACACAGAGAUACACACCAUUAAAAUAGAAAAUUGAAAACUAUGAUACACAAGCAAAGGAAAAUUAGCUAAAAUUCACCCAAAUGAAGCAUUGUGAAAAAACACACAUGCACACACACACACAGAGAGAGAGAGAGAGAGAGAGAGAGAGAGAGAGAGAAAUGCACACACACACACACACACACACACACACACACACACAUUUUUAAAAUGGCAUUGAUACAUUUUUGUGUUGGCCACCUAGUUCCAGGCACAGGACCUCCCUUAAGUGUGACUUAUGCAUGCACUGAGAUUCUGUUGGAGAAAGCUAAUGUUUUUCUUCUCGAGAGGCUGGCAAUCAGGAUAGCUUCUGGGUUAAGAAUGUAAGCUUUAGGAAAGCCUUCCUAGCACUCAGACUUUUGUGUGGGAUGUUAGGUAUUCAUCUAUUGACAUUCUUCUACAUGCAGCUGUCCAGUUUGACCAGCACCAUCUGUUGAGGAUGCUGCCUUUUUCCAGUGCAUAUGUCUGGCUUCUUUGUCAAAAGCCAGAUGUCUGUCUAUAGGUGUAUGCACUUAUGUCUGAGUCCUCAAUUUGCUUCCUAGGUAGGAAGUGUUUCUUGGCAUCGGGGACUCACAUGAAGUAAUUGAGGAUGAGCCAGGGCUGAGAGGGGUCCAUAGGAGAGAAGAAAGUUGGGUCCACUCCAAGGUUUGUCAGAGUCCCCUGAGAAUGAAGGUAGAAUGGGAAGGCAGGCCCCUGCAAACAGGCUGCUACAAGGGCCAGGAAUGAGACCAGAAAACUGUAAUGGAGGACCAUUCAUCCCACAUUAUGGUGGUAAAGCCAGUGGGUUGUAGAACAAGAUGGUAAAAAAUUUUAUCAACCUUCAUCAUUUGACAUUAAAACAUGGGCCUGACCUCAUUUUUGAAUUCCGGUCUGUCAGAUACAGCAGUAUCUGUCAGCAUUAGAGAUGCCUGGGCUCAUUGAAUAAUCCAUACAGCAGCGUGCUGCCUAAUUUUAUGAGUCAUUGAGAGGAGGGAGCCUAUUGAGAGAUCUAUAAGAUCAGGCUAUAGAAGCCUGACAGUGGGGGCACACCCUUUAAUCCCAGCACGUGGAGGGCAGAGACAGAUGGAUCUUUCCCAUUCAUAGGGGCCAGCCUGGUUUGCAGAGUGAGUUUCAAGACAGCCAGGGCUGUCUCACAAACCCCAUCUUAUAAAAACAAACAAAAUCAAGCUAUAGGAAAGUCAGUAGGGUAUUUUCUUAAUUGGUGAUUGAUAUGGGAGGGCCUAGUACAUUAUGGGUGGUGCCAUCCCAGGGAUGACAGUUCUGGCUUCUGUAAGAAAGCAGCUUACAACCCAUGAGGAGCAAGCUAUAAAGCAGCACCCUUCCAUGGCCUCUGCAUCAGCUCCUGCCUCUAGUUUCCUGCCCCUUUUGAGCUCCUGUCCUAUAUAUCUUCCUUCGGUGAUGAAUGGUGAUGUGAAAGUGUAAUCCAAUUAAAGCUUUUCCUCUCCAAGUCACUUUUGGUUAUGAUGUUUCCUCAUAGCGAUAGUAUAUGUUGCAAUUUGAGAUAAACGGACUCAGUAUAUAGCCACAUAUGUUAACAGAGAGAUGCAGAGGCUCAGGCGAGACCUAUAGUACUGAAUGCUAGCAGAUUGAGAGAAACUGGCAGUGAAGCAUGAGGAUGUGUGUAUGUGGAGAUACAGAAAAUCUCAAAGCUGUGAAAAUAAAAGGGAGGGUACAGUUAACAUGUAUGGUUUUCUUACACUUCUAUCCUUGUAGUUACAGACUUAAACAGAGAAUGCCUCCACAUAACUGCUUUGACAAAAUAUUUCUAGAACACAUGUGUGACACAGGGUUGAUAGUAGAGAAAAAUUGUAAUUAGAUUUUACAAGAGGAAUUUCUGGAAAACCACAUAGUGACCAGUGCUGUGCCACAGUAAGGCAUGCGUCAGAGGACAGCAGGUUGGCACGCUUCAUACACGAUGAGAAUGAAGGCAUCGUCUGUAUGAUGACCACAGCCUUCCAGUUUUACAGCUGGGGUGCUUCUUACCUGAAGGUUAUGCCUGACCCAACAUCCCACAUGUUGUAUCUGAGUAAACAGAAAACAAGCACAAAGUUGGAUUUAGAGAAUAGCCGAAAGGUAUUCCUCCCCCAUUUCCUUCCUACCUCAAUUUGUUAGGCAAAGUUUCCCAUGAAUGGAUGGCAUUUCCCAGUCAUGAGUAUUUAAUGAAACUAUGUAUUUCAAGCUGUACAGUACUUUCAGAAUUCCCAUGUGUUUAAGGUCUGAUGAUGAUGAUGAUGAUGGUGGUGAUGGUGAUGGUGAUGAUGAUGAUGGUGGUGAUGGUGAUGAUGAUGGUGGUGAUGGUGAUGGUGAUGAUAAUGAUGGUGGUGAUGGUGAUGGUGAUGAUGAUGAUGGUGGUGAUGGUGAUGAUGAUGAUGAAGCAACAAAACAUUUUCGAAAUUUUUCUGUAGACCAGGCUGUUUUGCACUUUAAUCAAGACAAAUCUAAAUUUCGGUUUUAUAACAUCAAGUUCCUUGGUUCUCUUCUCAGCAGGUCGUAUACUGUGGAAGGGCUGCUCACUUUACCAGGAGUUAGAGACCCCUGUUGUCUUGAUCACUGUUCCACCUCUGUAAAGAGACACUGUGACCAUGGCAACUCUCAUAGUAGGAAGCACUGAAUUGGUGCUUGCUUACUGUUUCAGAGGGUUAGGCCGUUAGCAUCAUGGUGUGGAGCAUGGUGCUGGAGAAGGAGCUGAGAUUUCUACCUACGGAUCCAUAGAAGCCAGAAGAGAGAGACGCUGCCCCUCCCCCACCCCAGUGACACUUCCUCCAACAAGACCACACCUAAUCCUUCUCAAGUAGUCCCACUUCUGGUGACUAACAAUCAAAUAUAUGAACCUAUAGGGGACAAAUUUAGUCAAACCACCAUACCUAUGAUGACAUUUUCCCGGUACUGCAGAACAAUAGCUUGUCUUACCUGCAGCAAAUGACAUUGCUGCUGACUCACAAAAUUUAAGCUUUUGAAUCUUUUGUUCCUUCUACAUUUUACACAGCUUCAUGCUGACCAGACUCUCGAUAUGAUCUACAAAGAACGUACAAAGAACUAUACAAAGAACCUAAGAAGUUAGACUCCAGAGAACCAAAUAACCCUAUUAAAAAAUGGGGUUCAGAGCUAAACAAAGAAUUCACAGCUGAGGAAUGCCGAAUGGCUGAGAAGCAACUAAAGAAAUGUUCAACAUCCUUAGUCAUCAGGGAAAUGCAAAUCAAAACAACCCUGAGAUUCCACCUCACACCAGUGAGAAUGGCUAAGAUCAAAGACUCAGGUGACAGCAGAUGCUGGCGAGGAUGUGGAGAAAGAGGAACACUCCUCCAUUGUUGGUGGGAUUGCAAGCUGAUACUUUGCACUCUGCACUCUGGAAAUCAGUCUGGGGGUUCCUCACAAAACUGGAAAUAGUACUACCUGAGGACCCAGCUAUACUAUUCCUGGGCAUGUACCCAAAAGAAUAAAAGUGUGUUUCAACUGGAAGUUACAUGCAGUUUGUGUGGGAGCAACCCAUCACCAGUUCCUUCUUGUAAAGGUUGGGUUGUUUCAUGGACGUCUAGCAGGUGUAUUUUCUGUGUUCUUCUCUUUGCUGUCAUUAAAGUAUUUACUCUACAUAAAGAAACGAAAUUCUGAACUAACUUGGAACUUCCAUGGCUUCUCAUAAAACACUGGAUUAAAGGAGCUAUCUUAAAACAAGAAAUAGAUAGAUAGAUAGAUAGAUAGAUAGAUAGAUAGAUAGAUAGAUAGAUAGAUAGAUAGGAUGUUGUUUUAAAUAAUCAGAAACGUAGCAAGCACAGCAAAGGAAACAAUUCCAUGAAGAAAGAUCCUUCGCCAGUGUGAACAUGAUGGGAAAUUAAUGUCUAAUGAAGAACUCGAUAAGUUAAACAACAAAACAACUCCAUAAGUAUCCAGUCAGUAAGUAGGCCAAUGAAUUAGAGAGCUCUCAAAAGUAGAAAUACUAGUGACCAAUCAAUACACACACAAAAAUAAAUGCUGUACAACUGUGGAUAUCCGAGAAAUGCUAGUAAAAAACUGCAGUGUGAGUCUCUCACCCUCAUCAGAAGGGCUGCCUAGUGGGAUAUAAAACAUCCACUCAAGAUCUCCUGUGGAGGUUCCUCACAAAACUCAAAAUGAAAUUUAGCUAUAGCAUCUAUAAUUAAAUAUAUUAUUUUUGUGUUCAUUUAAAAAAAUAGUAGUAAGCUCUUGCUCUUCCCCACUUUGUCCCCAUUCCCUUCCUCCCUCCCCACUCCAUAAUGCUCAUGGCCAGCCUCUACUCUUCUACUUUUCUACUUUCUCUCUCUCUGCCUUUCUCUGCCCCUAGUACCCUCUUAACUCCCUUCCCCAUGUUCUGAAUAAACUCUAUUCUAUACUUAAAAAAAAGUAGUAAAUAAAUAAAGCAAAAACUUUAGCAGGGACACCCCACCUUUUGAAUGUGUAGUACUGUUUUUUUUUAAUUCACCAAAUAAAUCAACAAGUUCGAUGUGUCGUUUCCCCUAGCAAGUAGGAUUCAGUCCUAUAAGCUAUUGUGUGAACUGAAGCCUCCCGUCAGUGAGCUCAGUCUUUGUGAUUGCUAAAAUUCAAUUCAUUCCAAAGUCAGGUUUUCAGGCAGUUACUUUUUUAAAAUAUUUUUUCAUCUACCAAGUCUCUGAAGUUAAAUUAGACACAUCCUCAAACAUUUAAUUCAAUUUCCCCUCUCUAUUUCCAUUAUGCUGUGGGGGCAGUGUUCUACAACUAAGGAGACAAAAAAUGUUUUCUGCAGAAUAAAGACAUUUUCAUUGCAAAGCUGAGCAGCCCAUUUGUGGUAUGUAUCCGGCUGCAUAAGAAAGGAUUUCUUCUAAUUAAUCGUUUCUAAAAGCUGUCAUCUGCCGUAACUGCGUUCAUUAUUCUGUCACUGAAAGUCUAAUGGUACAAGAUCAGCUGUGUCUCUUCUCUAAAUAGCUGAAGGAGGGGCUUUCAGAAUAAUGAGAGACAUCGAACAACACAAGCCACGGACACAGUGCGAACCUUAAUUGAAAAUCGGUGGUGUAAGCAUUAGAGCUACUGCGGGAAGUGUCACCAUUUGUUCUGAAGCUGAGGCAAGAGCAGUGCAUUCCGGUGACUUGACUUCUCUUAUCCAGAGGACACAGUCGCCCAUCAGUCAUUAGCUUGUAACCAAAGGGCUGAAGUUGCGGUUCUGACUGCAGAGCCAGAAAAAUUAAGCCAGUUAAUGGCGAAGAAGACAACACGUCAAGCCAAAUUGCUUUAAAUGACAUUGACCUCACCCCUGUACCUUCAACACCUGUCCCUAAUUGAGAGCAAUUGAUUUGCCCUCAUGGCUCUUUUUUUUUUUUAAAGCUUGUCAGUUCUCAAAUUCAAAAUGGUAAGGCCAAUCUGGAAAUCGUUCUGAGGUUAUUAAAUGAUGAGUAAGGAGUGAGAUGCAGGGCAAAUAUUAAAGCAGAACUCAGUGAAUGUAAACCUUUGCAAUCAAAGUCGCAUCUGUUUGAUGCCAUUGGAAGAAAUAAAAAGGAAUGGAAAUGGCUUCAACAUAAAACAGUUAGGAUAACACAAAACAUGGGUUCUGACCAGGUUCUCAAAAUUCUCUUAUCAUUUGCCAGUUGUCUUUUCUUCUCUCUUACCUGCGUAACCCCAAUGAGAGUGACCAGAAACUUCAGUAAGCAAGAGAAAAGGUUGAAUCGUCACUGACUGGUGCUUACUUUUUGUGCCUGGUGCUUGCAUAGCGCCAUCCACACUAUUAAAGGAAGAGAGACUACAUUCAACGAUGUAGACUUCAAUUCUAUUCAGCAAACACCAGCUGCCUAUUACACAAUUCAAUUUUUAAAUAUCUCUUUAACUAGUCAGUGAAGGCUAGAAUAUAGUCAUUGAUCUUAGUGAAUUCAUGUUUCACAAUGAGAAUCUAUAACUAUUAAAGGCAAUAUACUGCAAUCAUUCUCAAAAGAAGUCACGAAAUCCAGUGGGGAUGCAAAAUGUGAAUGAAGUGGAAGCAUGAGAGGAUAUAUCCUAUCCGGAGGAAUACGUCAGAUGCACAAAUGCAGACAUACAUUCUCUGAGGUGGAAAACAAAAGGCAAUAAGUGGGAAGAUGAGAAGGAAGGGCUUAGUGGAUUCUUGAAGGACAAAGGGUGUGACCUGUAAGGUUUAGAGACCACGUGGCUAUUCUACACUAAGAUGUACUACAUCUGUAAUAUACUGUACCAGAUUUUGAAAACCUGGUAUUAAGAGUACAGAACACUGCAGGCCCAAACAUUUGAUGUAUGUGUCUAGUUAAGAAGCCAAUAGAGCAAAGCUACCAUCAGUAAUUAAGAUUGAAUGUUUCAAAAUCAGAAUAAAACUGUCUCAUUGCUGAAGGACUCUGAAUUGCCCUUAGAUCACCAAAUCAAAUUGAUGCUUGUGUCAUUGUUAUCCCCCCAUACCCCUUACUCAGCAGGAACAUCAGGACCAGAGCCUGAUCAGAGAACUCUUGGUCCUGGGAAAACUCACAAAGGGGGGCCAUCAUCUCAACACCCACCAUGUGACACAGGUUUAUAUGGGAUCUGCUGAUAAGCCACUCAUUGUCAAUCUUUCUAAGUCUGGACUGUGUGGAGGAACUUUAAUCCAACAACAUGGCUGCUCUGGCAAGGAAUCAUGGCCAACGACUUAUAGGUCUAUGUGAUCGGGUUAGAAUGCAGACACACCCUGGAUUAUAGUAUGACCCGGCUAGAAUACAGGUAUGUCCUUAGUAUACACCUUUAAUCCCCUCCAAAAAAAAUGAAAGUAAUGUUAGUUUAUAAAAGGAAGUAAACCGGGGUUGGGGAUUUAGCUCAGUGGUAGAGCGCUUACCUAGGAAGCGCAAGGCCCUGGGUUCGGUCCCCAGCUCCGAAAAAAAGAACCAAAAAAAAAAAAAAAAAAAGGAAGUAAACCAUGUUUGAAAGUGACAUCUAAUUGAGGAGCAGACAAAGUGGCAAAUCAGAGAAAGAUUUGACAGAAUAAGUCAGAAAUCGGGUACACUCAAUUCUCAAGAGAACAAAUAUGAAAUAGUGCAAAUUUAAGAGAUCAGGGCAGAGAGAGAGAGAGAGAGAGAGAGCGAGAAUAGAAGGAGGAGAAGGAAAAGGAGGAAGAAGUCUUACCAGGACAUUUUACAGAGACAGGUUGCAGAUGAAAACAGAACAAGCCAAAGAAUGAGAAGUAAUCAGAAGAUCAGAACAGAUUGCCCGAGUUAGUUUGAGGCUGAGGAGAGCAAUUUAGACAGAAGCUAAGAGAACCAAGAUUGACUCAGUCAGCAUGGAGAGGAGUUUGAGCCAGAAAAGCUGAAUUGAACCAGCCAGCCAGUGUUCAGGAAAGCUGGAAAGAGUGACUUUAUUAGGUAGCACAUCUCAGAGGCUGAAACAUUUUAGGCCUAGGUUAGCAGAUAGAGGCUAAAAGUGGAAGCCUUCAUGGUCUGGGAUUGUACAGAGGCUAGAAGCUUCCAGGCCUGAGUCUAGGGAUAGUACAUAGAAAGAAAUGUUCUGGGCUCAACCCAAGCCAUGUAUUUGCAGUUUGGGUAUGGCUCUCAUCUCAUCCCUCCCUUUCUAUAAUGUUCUGAAAGGCAUCCCUCAGCAGAAGAGGAUUGUAAAUGUUAAGAUUAAUUGAAAGAAAAAUUAAUGAUGCAAGACAUGCCAUGUAGACACUUAGAUGUUCCCAUGCGGGAUUUAGGAGAAAGAUACAGAUGGGAGGAGCUUGAAAUUAGUGAAUCAACAUGGUGAUUCCAUGUGGACCUCCAUGCUGGAGGCGUUCCACAGAGAUCUCUGGUCUGGCUAGGUGAGCAGGUUCAAGUGAAAGGGAGAGAACUCAGGCAGGGAGGUGGGACGGCUUUCUGCCACCUCCACUGCUGGAGCUGCUCCUCCUUCAUUCCUGCUGCUGCUGUGGGUCAGGCUGAGCCAGCAGGGGACUGACGAGCCAGUGAUGGGUGCAGGGGAGCUUCUGUAGGUGAUUUGGGGAGAGCAGAUCUCUUCCCCAAGCGGCAGUGUUACAGUUCUUAGGACAAAAGCUCUCAGAAGAUGGAGUGAUUCGUGCACAACUUUAAUCCUUCUAAAUAGGAUUCUUAAAAACAGUUUUGGCAUGAAUAUGGCUGUGGCAGCAGGUACUUCCUGUUCGUUUGGUCUGAGAGAUUGCGAAUCCCUCGUCUACACAUUUUGGGGCGUGGUCCUGCUUCUAUGCAACUGAUCUGUCUUGAGCCGAUGUGACCUGUGGAGGGGGGUCUCGGGGUGUUGCCCUAAGUGACUGAUCUGUCUCAAACCUCUCUACAGGAAGUUCUUGGGGGCUGUAGCUAUGUGAGAUGGGCCUGAUCUCCUAGGAGACCGGAAAUGUUCCUGCCAUCCCAUAGAGUCUCCAGGGAUUCGACCUGUCUCCACCAGGAAUCAGGGUACCUUUCACAGCCUGCCACCCCACAAUUCAACCUAGAGACGCAGCAGAAAAAGACCAAAGCUCAGAGAAACAGCCGUUCCAUACAGGCAACAAAGAGGAGCUAGUUAAGGUGAGCUAUGAAGAAGUAAGAGAAAACACUGGUAAAAGUUAGAGAAAAAAAAAAUAACUGAAGCAUCAUCAAGAGCUUCAAAUGAACCUGGAGUGGAGAUUACCAAGUGCUGGUACCUGAGAGGCCACCAUUCAAAAGACAUGAUCCUUUGGAAGGUAAGAUGGAAACCCAAAAAUAACGAUGGUGGAUGAAGAAUGACAUCCAUGUCCUUCUUCAAAACACUUGCCUAGAAAGAAUGGUGUGUGGAAACCAAGAGAGUUCAAGAAGGAGCUCUCAAUGGGAGAGUUUCCAAGAUGUUUUCGGGUUAUAGAAGAGGACCAAUAGAUAGAGCUAAAAAUACAGGAAACUGAUAAACAGUAGGUUAUAAGGUCUCACAGUGUUUAGAUACAGAAGGGAUGGAAGUCAAUGAGAAAUAUACUAGUCUUGAAUGAGAAACAAUAUGUGGAUUCCCCCUGUAGAUAUGGAAGAGAGGGGGCAUUUCAAAAAUGUUAAUGAGAAGCGUUGAGAUUUGAGUUCUUGCUUGCUGAUUUGGCCUCCUGACAUUUUAGAAUGGUUAGACAUAGAGAGUAAAAACUGAGUCAAAGGCCCCAAGAGGAAUCCAAGUUUGAAAUCACUGCUAAAUGGAAUGGAAGAAUAACAUCACAGAAAUGAACAGAAAAGAGUAUCCAGUGAUACUCAAGUGAGGGUGGAGAUCAUCUCCACAGUCAGGAGCUCUUGCAGCACAAUCAUGAGGACCUGAUUUUACACCGCUGACACCCACAAAACAAGUCGUGAAAGGUUGGGUCUCAAGACAAAGAGAGAACACUCAAGGUUGCAGACUGCCAGUGUGAUGGUUUGCAUAAGUUUGGCCCAGAGAGUAGCACUACUAGAAUGUAUGGCCUUGUGGGAGGAAGUGUGUCACUGUGGGGGUGGGGUUGGAGACCCUCCUUCUAGCUGCCUGGGGAUGCUCUCAGUCUGUUCCUGGCUUCCUUCGGGUGAAGAUGUAGAACUCAGCUUCUCCUGCACCAUCCCUGCCUGGAUGCUGCGAUGCUGCCAUGCUCCCGCCUUGAUGAUAAUGAAUGGACUGAACCUCUGAACCUGUAAGCCAGCCCCAAAUAUAUGUUGUCCUUUAUAAAAUGUUCAUUGGUCAUGGUGUCUGUUCACCCUAACUAGGACAGCCAGCAUAGCCAAAAAAGUGCAAGCUUUCAUUCCAAAGAGAGAUCCUGCCUCUGUGGCAGAAGGAGGUGGAGAGUGACAGAGAAAACUCAGUGCCCUCCUCUGGUCACCAUAUACUCCUCAGUCUACAUACCCUGUGGACACAUCACUUACACACACAAGAAGUGUUUGGGCUGCCAGACAGAGGAGUCGGCAAGUAAAAACACUUGUUCCAAGACUGAGGAACAGAAUUCAAUCCCAGUUAAUUAAAUAACUUUAAGAAGACAAGGAAAGGGAGGAUUGGGACCAUACAAUGACAUGCUAAUGGUAGCUGCCAUUUUGUUUUCCCCAAUGCUAUACUGAAAUAUCUCUAUGUCAGAGGGAAAUAAAUGAGAGAACUGCUUCCAAGUCUCAGAGUGACAGGUCAGUGACAAAGAUGACUUAAGAAGCUGUGAAUGAAUGCCAAGAGGGAAGUUCAAGUCAUUGGCCGUAGAAUCUUGCCUGGUAGAAGAGAUUCAAAGAUGGAUGCAGAAAAAGGAGUCUUGAGAGAUGUCAGAUCUGCGCUGGUGAGCUGCUGGAACACUGUUAUAAAUAAGAAACGAUGUUUCUUCAAACUAGCAGGAGCAUUGAUGGCUACAGUCCUAUAAAUAGAUACUACUUGCUAUGCAAUUGCUAUGCAACAGGCUGUGCUUCGAGUUUCUGUGUGACUGUGAUGACAACUGUAAGGUCGGUGUUACUCAUGGUACUUGUUCUAGAUAUGAUCUCCAGAAUUGAACAUUUCUCCAGGAUCUCAGAGCCACAGUCCCUUACAUAAUAGGUAGGGCCAAGCUACAGACGUAAAGAUAUUGCGUAUCAGCAAAGGAAACAUGAAAAUGUCCAGGAAGAAAAUAAGUGGAGAGGAACAUGCCACAGUAGGGUGAGAGGAGAAAAUGUGUGAUGUCAAGUUAGAGGAAACAAGAAUAAAUCCUUGAGGGAACUAUUUUAUUUAAUUUAUUUGGCUUGUUUUUUUUUUUUUUUUUUUUUUUUUUUUGGAGCUGAGGACCGAACUCAGGGCCUUGCUCUUACUAGGCAAGCGCUCUACCACUGAGCUAAAUCCCCAACCCCUGGCUUGUGUUUUUUUUAAAGAUUUUUUCCAUUCUGUAUUAAUGGAAUGAUUCUGUAAUAAUAAUUCUGUAAUAACGUAACGACUCUUAAUUUGGUGGUCUUAUAUAUAAUUUCAAGACCAUUUGAUAUUGGAUGGUCAGUUGUGGAGACUUUCCCUGGGGAAGAUUUCUCUCACUCUCAGUAUUCCUUCCUUGUCUGUAGCUCUUUGUCUAGAGGUUGGAAUCCUUGAGACUCCAGACUUCUAUGUUAGUCUGUCUGUUAGAGUUACCCUUGUUUAGCUUUUAUGUGGCCAUGUUUUUGAGACUUCGUGGUGUAGCUUCCCUGACAUUUCUAGAAGACACAGUUCCCCUAACCUUUCCGCACUCUCCCUCAAGGAUCCCUGAGCCUUAGGUCUAGGAAGAAUGCUGUUGAUGGAUCCGUUAGGGCUAGGUACGGUGUGAUCAUUUGUUCUCUGCUUUUUAAUCAAUCGUGGUUUUCUAUAAUAAUCUCUAUAUUUUAAAAAUAGACUAGAGCUACACUUACCUCUAGGUAUGAGGAUAAAUAUUUAGAAUGCAGUUAGGAAUUGUGCUGUUUUGGUAAUGUGAUGGUUGUAGGUUCUCCUCCAAGGUCCAUUACAUCACUAUCCCGGUCAAUCUGCUGUAUUUCCAGUGCUGAGCAUGAUUGCUUCCCAUUUGGGUGAUCUUUAAGCUGACAGUCACCACUAAGACGUGAGUGCCACUGUUGCCCCUGUACAGUCAUCGUGCCAUGUUGAUGAUAGCUGUUGAUAUCUAUAGACAUAAUAGCUUCUUUGGAUAUUGGUUGCUUCACUCUUUGGAAGCUUGCGUGGUGCUAGUACCAUGAAAGCUUUCAGGAAGGAAGCGUUCAUGUCAGAUCCAGUUAGGAUUCUCUAAGUCCUGUGUCCGAAGUGAGUGGUGUCUUCAGCAAUUGGGACUUAUCUUCCACCUCUGAAAGACGACCAGAGGCAAUAGCUAGCCUUCUGACCAAAUGUAUUCUCUUUAUAGGUCUGUUCUCACCAAUCCUAUUGCUUGUUGCAUAUAACUUGUAACUAAACCAAUAAAAACAAUUGGAGAGGAUACUUGUUUGGCAAAAGAUGUGUGAUAUUCAUUUCUGAGAGAACAUUAUGAUUCAUUAAAAAAUACUUUUAAUAGAAAUCGAAGUGUUUUAUAUUCUGAUAAAUUUCACUCCCUUUUGCCUUCUAUUUCUCUAAGUGCAAAAUAAACUCCAGGCUGGAGUCCAAAAUCUAAAAGGGCCUCUCUUUCCUUGCAUUGUACUUUGUAUUAUGUUAGGUUGGCACACAAGAAAUGGAGUUGAAAAUCUAAGAGAUGUGCUAUGUUUGCAGAUUAAGAAGUUUUUCUCUUAUAAGGUAUCUGUGUUGGUGAUGUUUUGUUUUGUUUUGUUUUGUUUUGUUUUGUUUCUGUCAACUUGGCACAAGCUAAAGGUAUCUGGAAAGAGGAGCCUCCAUUGAAAAAAAAUGCCUACAUCAGAGUGUAGGCAAGUCUGUGGGACAUUUUCUUCAUUAAUAAUUGAUACAGGAGGGACCAGAUCCCCAUGGGGGGGGGGGUUCCACCCCUGGGCAAGUGGUCCUGGGAGGUGUCAAAAAGCAACCUGAGCAAGCCAGAGGAAGCAGACAAAUUAGCAUCACCCCUCUAUGCAGGCUGCUUCGUUCCUGCCUGAGUUCCUGCCCUGGUUUCCCUCAGAUGCAAUGUGGUCUGAGAGUUGUAAGACGAAGUAAAGCCUUCACUUUCCAAACCUAACGAAGACAGGGCUCCAUUCGGUGCUUUAUAGAUAUUGCCUCAGUUCUUUCACAUGACAUCACUAACUAGCUCAUAGCUCAUUUCGGAUAGCCUGUCUUUAUCAAUACUGGUGUCAUUUUGUUAUCUGUAGCUGUGCAAGUAAAAAGGUAGGUAUCCUGCUUUCUGUGAUUGAAUAACGAACUUGGGUGCAUUAGAGUUAGAGUACAGUACCACAGCACCUCUGUGUCUCACUUUCUAUCCAGCGCAGACACAAUUCAGGGAGGUGCAACAUAA